AUGAUACAGAGGCCAAAAAAGCUAGCCUUGGUUGUUGCUCUUUUUAUUAUAAGCAUAGUCAUAUCAACUUAUGUGUCUACUUCAUCCUCCCAUGGUCCCUCAAAGUUUCGGACACAUUUGCAACAGAUGCCAGCAUAUCUCCGACAAAAGGCAUGCCUGAUGUCUCCGUUUGGAGUCAAUCAAAGCUCAGGAUUCAUGGAAGGCGCUGUCUCUGUGAAUGAUAUUGUGCGCUACUCAACCAAGAGUUCGCAAGGAAAUUAUAUGCCACCGGAGUUCGUUUCGAGUUCUGUGAACCAAGCACCCCGGGUCAAGGCUGCUUUUAUCGUGCUUGUGCGCAACAAUGAGCUGGAUGGAAUGAUUCAAAGCAUGAAUGACUAUGAGUUCAGGUUUAACCGCAAAUUUAAUUACCCCUGGAUCUUUUUGAAUGACGAGCCGUUCACGGAUGAAUUUAAAACUGAAGUGCGUAAGAGGACUCGCGCCCCAACGUACUUUGGGCUGGUACCCUCCGAGCAUUGGAGCUAUCCAGACUUCAUUGACCAAGAAAAAGCACGGCAGAGUCGCAUUGACAUGGACCAGCACGGUGUUCCUUACGCCACCUCAGAAUCAUAUCGCCACAUGUGUCGAUUUCAGAGUGGCUUUUUUUUUGAGCACCCUCUUACCUAUGAGCUUGGGCUAGAGUAUUACUGGCGAGUGGAGCCUUAUGUCGAAUUGAAUUGUGACAUCGACUACGACCCAUUCAUGUUCAUGAAAAUCAACAAUAAAGCCUACGGAUUUACCAUCACGUUGCUCGAAUACGAAGAAACCAUCCCUACUCUUUGGGAUCAUACCAAGCAGUUUAUGAAACUGCAUCCUGACUAUUUUGCGUCAGACAAUCUCGUGGAAUUUGUUAUUGAUAAUGGCGAUUUCGAGACAUCUAACUAUAACUUAUGUCAUUUUUGGAGCAAUUUUGAGAUCGGCGAUAUAAACUUUUUCCGGAGCAAACAGUACAAGGACUACUUCGACUAUUUGGACAAAACCGGUGGCUUUUUUUAUGAGCGAUGGGGCGAUGCGCCUGUGCACAGUAUUGCUGCCUCCCUUUUCUUAAAUAAGUCUCAGGUGUAUCACUUCAAGGACAUUGGCUACGUGCACGAUGGUAUGGGUCACUGUCCUUUAGGAGAAAAACAGUUUCAUGAAAAUGGUAAAUGCGAUUGUAAUGUGGUCGACUCCGUGACUCUCUUGGAAGAUUUCUGCAUGGGCGACUGGUGGUUUGCAUCCAAAGAGGGUAAGCCCUCUGAACGUGAGGAGUACAAAGCGCUCAUCGACGAACUUGAGCUUGAAGAUGUCUGGGUUGAAGAGGGCGAAGGCGAAGGUGAAGGCGAAGGUGAAGGCGAAGGUGAAGGAGAAGGGCAAGAGGAUGAAAAUGCUGGGGACGAAAAUUUGGAAGUCUUUGAUCGACGUCACUUGAAAAAGCGCUACUCGUCCGCACUUCUCAGGCAGAAGCGUCGGGCAAGAAUGUCACAACAACGCAAAUUAAAAAAGCGCAAAUGGCUUAGCAGAACUUGA